CUUACUCCCAUCUCAUCUUCACUCAACACUUCUCCCGACAAUUCCACCACACCUAUCGAGUCUCCCCCCACGUUGCAUGGUCACCCGGUCUAUGAAUAAUAUUUAUCGUCACCAAAUUUAUCCUCAACUCUACUCUUUCUCCUGCAUGUGUCGCCUGAACCUAGUACUUUAAGGAAGCUCUAUUUGAUCCUAAUUGGCGACAUGAUAUGUCCGAGGAAUUCAAAGCACUCAUUAAAAAUGGCACUUGGACGUUGGUUCCUCGUACUGGCCGGGAAAAUACUGUUGGGUGUAAAUGGGUCUUUCGUACUGAACGGUUAUCUAAUGGUGUUAUUGACAUGUACAAAGCCCGGUUGGUCGCCAAAGGUUUUCAUCAACGGCCUGGAGUUGAUGUUAGCAAUGCUUUUUUUGCAAGCGGUACAUCUUGGAUCUUCUCUCUCGGACAAAGAUGACCACAUGCAAUGGUGUGACCACUCCCCUUGCUGCUACCUCUAAACUUAGUCUUCACUCGAGCAGCCCACUUGUCAAUCCAGAAGAAUACAGAUCCGUGGUUGGCAGCCUUCAAUGUCUCGCCCUUACUCGGCUAGAUUUAUCUUAUACAGUGAACAAGCUCUCCCAAUUUCUUCACAAGCCUAAGACUGAUCAUUGGGAGGCUACCAAAAGAGUACUAAGCUAUCUUCGUCACACGGCUGAUCAUGGCCAGCCUCUUAUUAUGCCACUCCCUUUCUCUCUCCUUGCAUGCCUAUUUGAUGCAGAUUGAGCCAGAAAUCCGGAUGAUUACACUUCUACUGGAGCUUUUGCAAUUUUCUAGGUCCCAAUGUUAUCUCAUGGAGCUCUCUCAAGCAACGCACAAUUGCUUGUUCCUCUACCGAGGCCGGUUACCGUUCCGUUGCUACUACCGCUGCCGAACUCCGAUGGAUUUUAUCUCUUCUGACCGAGUUACAUAUUGUUAUCCCCACUCAGCCAGCAAUCUACAGUGACAAUGUUGGUGCAACACAUCUCUGUGCUAAUCAUGUCUUUCACUCUCGCAUGAAACAUCUUGCAUUACACUGUCACUUCAUUCGUGAACAUGUUCAGUUCUUCACAAUGACAUUCUUCUGGUCUCUCAUGUUUGCUCUGAAGACCAACUAGCUGACUCUCUCAGCUCACUAAGCCUCUCCCACAACGUCGAUUUCAUGAUCUUCACAUCAAGAUUGGAGUUCUCCAAUUCCCAGACCCUCCAACUUGCGGGGGCACAUUGGAGAUAAAAAAUAAAUUAUAAUUAUAUUCCCAUUUGAAAUUAAUAAACAUAAUAUUAUCUUCUAGUUAGUUAGAUAGACUUUAUCUUUAUAUUGUACUCCUAUUGUGAGCACACAUUAUUCAUUCUCUC